AUGAGUUCGAAUUUUCAAACAAUCUCAAACAAAUUUUCGGGGAGUGCUCCAUCAGACGAUGACUAUCUCUUAAAUAGUGAUGAUCCUCUUGAUUCUAAUCAAAUAUUCAAGGAAUUAGAUCUUUAAAUGUCUAGUGAAAAUGGCAGUUGCUCAUAUUAAGGAAGUAGUGGGCAAUCAAAUAAACAAGAAAAUCAUAGAAUUAUUGGCUCAUAAGGUUAAAUUCUUGAGAAUGUCUCUGUGAAUUUCUUUAAUGAAAAUGAGAACGCAAUAAAUUAGUGGAAAGACAGUAGACUAAAGAAGUUAGAAGACUUUACUAAAGACCUGGGCAGGUCAUCUUCAAACAAAAGAAACAGAAAGGAAAUUCCUGGUUCAGAAAUGACAACUCUUAAAAACUAAACCUUUGAAAAUAAAAAUCAAAAGGACAAUAUCGAUAAUGAAUAUAUAACACUCUCAUCAAAUAUGAUUGCAAUUUAAAACUCCUCUUAAGCAUCGAACUAAAUUCAACUUCAUCAAGUUUAGAUGAAUAAUACUGCCUCUGUGAUUGGGGACUAUUCCUCAAUUGUAGAGAUCGGCAACAGACAAUCAGAACAACAUAACUCAAAUAUAAAUAAUCAAUUUGCAGGGAAUUAAGAGUAGUACUAUAAUAAUGAUAUCGAUGAUGACGAAACCUUUGAUGAUGAAUUGAUGUUAACUAAGACAGAGGGUAGUACCUAGAUGAAGUUUGGCUCUAAUAUUUGCUCGACCUAGAGAUCUAUGCAUUAAAAUAUGAGUGUCAAUGGAGAAUUUGAAAAGAGAAUCACAGAUAUUAAGCAAAAACUAACUCAAAUAAAAAAUACAAUCAAUAACGAAAUAGAAAACUCCUUUAAUUAGCAGCUUAAUGACAAUAAUGCCAGUGAAUACAACUCAAAUUAGAAUGUCCUUAGUCCUUAAAUUAUGUCAGGAAUCAGCUCAUAGAGAAGAUUAGGCCCAACAUCAACUCAUAAUAUCUAAUCUAAUAAUAACUACGGCUAAACGAACCAUUUCCAACAACCAAAUACCAAUUACAAUUAGUAGGCGACUAAUUAAUUACAGUAGAAUUCAGUAAUUUCAUCACUAGAUAAUUUUCAAGUCAAGAUUAAUCAUAUCAAAUAAAAUAUAUCAUAAAGCUAUUAGAAUAACACAACAGUCACGAACAACACAUAAUAGGAAGAAUUAGACUUAGAUAAACCUUUAUAGACCUAGUUUAAGAUACAAAACCAGUUUUAAUAGCUCAGUGAAAAAGAAAGAUUUAACAGAAUCAAGAACUUGAUCGAUAACUCAUUCAAUUAGAGUAAUUCUAAAUCAACUCACAAUAAUAAACUGUCUAUGGACAUCAGCAGCAAUAUCAAUCAUAGAAAUAGUUCUAAAGUUAACACCUAGCUUUCGUAAUAGUCAGUAAUGACUUCAAAUAUAGAUUAGCUGAGUAAUACGAAUGAAGAUAAUUAUCAAUAUUCUGUAACCAACUAGCAUAGAACUCAGGGAUCCCAAUUAUUGAAUUAAUUUGAGCAAACAUAGAAUAGUAAUAAAUUCAUAAGCCAGAACUUAAGCUAAACUUAACUGAUAAGUUAAAGCAUGAUGGAAAAGGAAAAUGAAUCAUUAAAAUAAAAACUCUCACUGAUGAUUCAAACUGAGUAAAUGCUGAAUAAGAAAAUGGACUAGAUUUACAAUGAUCAACAGAAAGAGAAGCAAAGAUAUGAGGAACAACUUUAAAAGAUGCAAGAAGAGAUAAGUAAAAUGUGUGAGAUCAUGCAAGAUAUGAACAAAAAGAAAAAGAGAGCCAAUAGCAAGAAAGCCUAAUCGAAGAAACUUAGGAUUCAAUAGUUAGAAAAACAGAUAAAAGAUUUGCAGUACCAAAUGUUAAACUAACCAUAGAUGCCAAAUUCUAAUGAAAAUCAUUUAAUCUAGACUUAAACAUCCAACAUGUCAAACAAGGGUUAUAAUACUAAAUAGAGAGAAAUUAUGCAUAUUGAGGACUAAACAGCGAGGUCCAUUGACAUGCCAAUUAAUAAACAUCCUAAUAAAGAUAAGUAAUAACUUGAAAAAUAGGUAUCUUAGCUCGAAGAGAAAAUGAAGCAGUUUCAUCAUGAAAUGACUGACAGCAAUCAAUCACAGUAGCUGAGAGAUCAAUUAAAGCUUGCUAUGGAUGAGAACUAGAAGCUCAGAACAACUUUCCAAAAAAGUUACUAAGAAAUGAUGACAUCAUUUGACCAAUUCAAACAAGAAAUGGAGAAAAGAAUGCAUGAGCAAUAAAAAGAAUAUGACAGUCAACAAGCCAAACAGUAGUAAAAAUAUUAAGAGGAAUCAGAAAAUAGAGCUAUAAUCAUAGAAAAACUUAAAACUGAGAAUCAAUUCUUGAAGGAAAAGAUUCACAAGAUAAAAGAUGUCUUUGAUCUCAAGUAAAUUUCAUAACAGCCUUAUUAAGAUUUUAACAAGCAUGCUUACUCAGAUCAUCACCCAACUCAAAGUUCGCAAAGUGACUUGCUGAACAUCAAGUAGGAUGAGAAUGGGUUUUAUCAUAUUGGUCUAGCAACCUAGUUAAGUGAUAAUAUGAGUCAAGACAAUAAAGAAAAUCAUCCUAGACACUUAGUGAAAGAUAACUCAAAGAAAAAGAUCACAGUGCAAAAAUUGAAGAAAAAAAAGGUGACGAUCUAAGAUCCAGUGCUUAAAUAAAAAAGCUAAAUUCAUGCUAAACGAGGCUCUAGUGCAAGUGUUAAGCCAAGUAGUAAUAAUGUUUAGAGAAUUUAGUGA